AUGGAAAAGUCUUCAUCAAUUCCAAAAGGGUAUGUGAAACUUGUAUUGGUGACUCCAAAUAAAUCGGGACAGAAUUUAGAUGCAGCAGUGGUACCAGUUGGCGGGAAAUUGUAUGUAUCCAUCUCCGCUUACAUAUCGACUUUUGUUCAGGAGGAUCAGGAGCCCCACGGGCCUUGUGUCAGGAGAAAGUCGCAACUUGGAACGGAGCAAGAUGACGCGCAUUGCAUGAAAUGUUCUCAUUGGCCGUCAGACGCCAUGGAAUGGUACCAUAGAAAAAGACCCCAUGGCUGGCCGGAUCGUCACCUUAUAAAAGACAUAUACAAAAAGGGAUGUCAUUUGGUAGCAAUUAGUUCCAAGUUGGUCGACAUGUACAAUGGAAGCUGGACAUUUGAUCCUAUGUCACACACCCGUGAACCCGGUGACACUUUUAAUGAUACCCAGUUUAUUGUUUAUGGGAUUUUUAAGCUUUUGGUAAAGGAAGCAUUUCGUGAUAAAUGGGAAGUUAUGUGUUCUUAUUUCAUGAAAACUUUGAUGUUCUGGACCAUCGAAGAGACUCCAAAAGAUCUUUGGAGAAAAGAGCGUUUGGUGUCCUGUAUUGAGAUCUGUUUCAAGCGACUAAUUGCGUGGGUGGACAAUGGCUUCUGUCCCAACUAUUUUGUAAGGGAAAACAAUAUGUUCCAUGGCAAGUUGCACGAAAAGGCACGCGAGUCGAUAUUUAUGAAUCUGUCGGAGUUGUACGGAGAAGGCUGGAGGGGUCUACUGAGGUGUCCGUCCCUUGAAAAUCUCCGACAGGCCCUUGAAGAAGCAAGACAUAGUAUACUUGAUAGUCCAUCAAGCGCUAUCGAUCCGAACGAAGAAUUUAAAUCAUUGAGUAUGCAAUAUAAAAAUGAUUCUCGUUCUUUCCCGGAGGACGUAGAAGACAGAGUGUUUUUUUCUCAACUGGAAUCAAUCGAAAAGACCCACCCAAACUUUAGAAUCCUUGAGAAAGAAUUUUUCAACACUAUUGCUCUAUUACUAGGAAAAGAGUAGCAUCUCCAUUAUUUGAUGCACGAUACGGUGACAUUGUAUCAAUACAGAGUCUUACAACACAUUGCUUUAAUCUUCCUCUACAAAGGUCUGAAUGACCAUAGCA